GGGACCCACAUAAGGCACGGACUAACAAGUUCACUGUUUAUGUUCCGGCUGGGACGUCGUGUUUGUUAAUAGACUGUCGUAAUUUAUCUCAAAAUAAUUAUUUUUUUGUGAUAAAUUAUUAAUUAUUAUUAUUAUAUGUGGAUAUUCAUUGUGAUGUAAUUUUCAGCCAAUACAACUUUUGUAUACUGUUUAUGUGCGGUGAGUCCCGUAUGUAGCUUCUCAUUGGCCGCGAGCAAGUCGCUCUCCUCAGUGCUGAAAUCGCUGCUGGUCGUGAUCAUGUAAACGGCGAUGAGGCCAAACGGAGCGUCGGCAAAUGCACACCAAAAUGGACGAUGAUCUAUUUCAGCUGAGACCGUUGCCUGUCGUCCGCUUCCGUCACACGGGCGACAGCACACGCUCGGAGGAUGAGGGCGACAAUUGGGAGCCAGUUGCAGAGGUUCGUGGGGCAGAGCAGACAGCAGAGCUGGAGUCUGUGGCGCUUACAGACGGAGCUCCUGUUCCUCGGGAGUUUGCCAACCCAACUGAUGACACAUUCAUGGUGGAGGAUGCUGUGGAGGCCAUCGGCUUUGGGACCUUCCAGUGGAAACUCUCCAUCCUCACUGGCCUGUCCUGGAUGGCAGAUGCAAUGGAGAUGAUGAUCCUAAGCAUCUUAGCUCCACAGCUGCAUUGCGAGUGGAGACUACCAAGCAUGGAGGUGGCACUGCUUACAUCGGCGGUGUUCAUUGGAAUGAUGAUCAGCUCCUCCCUGUGGGGAAACAUAUCUGACAAGUACGGAAGAAAGACAGGUCUGACAAUGAGUGUGUUGUGGACCAUCUUCUACGGUCUGAUGAGUGCUUUUGCACCCAUCUAUGGCUGGAUCCUCGUCUUACGGGCCCUGGUGGGCUUUGGCAUCGGUGGAGCUCCGCAGUCGGUGACACUGUAUGCGGAAUUCCUCCCCAUGAAGUCCAGAGCAACGUGUAUAUUGUUAAUUGAGAUAUUUUGGGCAGUGGGCACAGUGUUUGAAGUUCUUCUUGCCAUCCUAGUGAUGCCCUCUCUGGGCUGGCGAUGGCUGCUUGCUCUUUCGACCAUCCCCUUGUUAAUCUUUUCCGUCCUAUGUUUUUGGCUACCCGAGAGUGCUCGAUACGACGUGCUGACGGGGAAUCACGAUAAGGCUCUGGCUACUUUAAAGCGGAUUGCCAUGGAGAAUGGAGUGCCCAUGCCUUUGGGAAAACUUAUUGCUGCAAAACAAGAGGAGCGUGGGAAGAUCCGAGACUUGUUCUCAUCGCAUAUUCGCUGGACUACAGUCCUGCUGUGGUUCAUUUGGUUCGCAAACGCCUUCUCGUACUACGGCCUGGUGUUGCUCACCACCGAGCUCUUUCAGGAGGGAGGUGCAUGUGGAGUGUCCAAAGGUAAUAAGAUGGAGCUGCGGUGCAGCUUGGAGUGCAAAUAUCUGAACAGUGACGACUACAAAGACCUCUUAUGGACAACCUUAUCAGAAUUCCCAGGAUUAUUGGUGACUUUGUGGGCGAUCGAUCGCUUAGGAAGAAGGAAGACCAUGGCCCUGUGUUUCCUGGUCUUUUCUCUGUGCAUCAUUCCUCUCUAUGGUUGUGUCGGGAGAACUUCCAUGACGGUGCUGAUAUUCAUCGCCAGAGCUUUCAUCGCUGGAGGUUUCCAAGCUGCCUAUGUGUACACCCCAGAGGUGUAUCCAACUGCAACCCGGGCUUUAGGAUUGGGGAUGAGCAGUGGAAUGGCCAGAGUUGGUGCCUUCAUCACACCUUUUGUUGCCCAGGUGUUGUUGGAGUCGUCAGUGUAUUUGGCGCUCUCGGUGUACUGCUGCUGCUGCCUGCUCGCCGCCAUCGCCUCUUGUGCGCUGCCGAUUGAGACGACUGGCCGAGGCCUGCAGGAGUCCAGCCACCGCCAGUGGGGGCAGGAGAUGACGGGCCGGGCCUCCUCCCAGAGCUCAGGGCAAAUCCCUCACUCGAGCUCUUGCUCCCAGGACUGAGUGAUAAUGACAUUAUUGAAAUGAGGGACAAAAGGUCUCGACCCGCGUCGUCAAUCCUCGUUCUCUGCAGUUAAGGGCACUAAAGUGGCUUCAGAGACGGCACAACUGUGUCAUGUCACAACCCCAAGUAGUCUUCAACCACCACUGCUGUCACCAUUUCACCAUUGUGUACCAACAACGGGAGGGCCGGAUGUGGGAUUGAGCCACAAACGGUGGAGGACUUUCUUGGAAAAAUGAUACUGACUGUAGCUGGAGCGUAAUGAAGAAACGUGCUUUGCACAGAAGGAAACAGAAGUUGUACCGUAGCGUCCGGCAAAUGAGAAAGCCUUACAAAUAGCUCUAAUAUAUUAUUUACCAUCUUUGACAUGUGUGUUGUCUGCUGUGUUUUGAAAAAUGAACACAUUCUACGAUAGGGAACUCAAGUACCGUAUUUUUUGGACCAAAAGGCGCACCGAAUUAUAAGGCACAUUAAAAGGGUUAUAUUAUGAUUUAUUUUUUUAUACAUUCAGGGUGCGCGGUUUUGUGGGCGGGUCCUAUUUACGUGGCUCCACUUUGACAGCGCCUUCUCCCCGUCAUCUUUUGUUAUGGUUAUUAGCGCUUCCAUACUGACAGAUAUAAGAACUGUAUGCAACUUUAUAUUAGAAAUGGCAACAGUGGAGGAUGAAUGCACCACAACAAGAGGAUAGAGAAAAAGAGGGAGCUUAGUGAAUACACCGCGUGCACAUUUAUGGGACUUAAGCAGAUUCCAAAUACACAACAGCAGGUACCAAUAGGUAAAAAAAAGUUGGUUUUGCAUAAUAGGUCGAAACAAAACGCCAGAUAAUAUGUCCCCUAAUAGGUGCCAUUUGGGGUCCUUAUACACACACCAUAAUAAUAAUAAUAAUAUGUUGAAACACAGUACGUCUGACUAGGAUAGCCGUAAUGCUCUGCGUUCCAUCAAGUGGUGCGGCUUCGUAUCUUACCAAAGUCGUACUAAAACAUUUUGACAGAUUUUUAGGCGCCCUGUGUACUGUUCUAUAUUCUCAAUGAAACAUCCAAGUUUUGGUGUUGCUUGCUUACCGGUAUUUGCUAGAGUCAUUUAUUGAACAGGCCACACAUAUCUCCUAUGUGUGACUGCCAUCUACUGGUCACACUUAUCAUUACACCAUAUACCAAAUAACAUUGCUUUGAAGUCGGUAAGCACAACCAGACACAGUACAUUAGGCGCACUGGGUUAUAAGGCACACUGUUGAUUUUUGAGAAAAUGAAAGGAUUUUAAGUGUGCCUAAUAGUCCAAAAAAUACGGUAAUAAGAGAUCUAUGUGUGUGUAUAUUUUUUUUAAUAACAACAGCUAGUGUAAAAAAUUUUCCUGAUUGAAAAUAAUUACCUGAUUACUUAAAACUAGGGAUGUUCCGAUCAGGGCUUUAUGCUGCAGAUUCGUAUACCGAUCAUCCACGACUGAGAUCGACUGAUACCAAUACCGAUCACAUGUAUUAAUUGUACAUUUUUCAGUAUAUUUAUGGCGACAUUGGCGAGUGCUAUUGACAGUCUAAAAAUAUCAACACAAUAUUAACACAAUAUUUAAACUAGUUCCCUAUUUGCUUAUACAGUCGUCCCUCGUUUCAAAUAUUGCGGCUUCACCACAAAGCAUGUUUUUUUUAAGUAUAUUCUACAACAACGACCAAAAUUAAGCCUUUUCAAGAAUACAAAUGACUAAAUGAACUAAAAAUGUCAAUAAUACAAUAGGAUUGGCCACUGGAUGAGACCAAACCAAUCAGAAUGCGUUGAUCAGUAUUGUGGCCACUGAUUGGUUUUAGCCUCAGGCAGUGUGACUAUUUUGCAAUAAAAUAGCAUCAAGGUGACUCAAGGGUGGUAUUUCAUGUCUAGAGGGCUCUCUAAUUGUUGAAAAAAUUUAUUUAUGAGGUAGUAAACAUUUUUUUAAUGCUCUAGCUAUGAAAAUAUUAUAUUUAUAAUGAAUGAUUCCCACUUUGCGGAAAUGUCAUUUAUCGUUGUCAUGUCUGGAACCAAUUAACAGCGAUAAAUGGAGGAUUACUGUAUUAUGUAUAACUGUUGUAGCAAAACAAAGUCAAUAUCACACAAUAACUAAACAACCGCAAAAACUACUGCAUAGUUACCGGCAAAUCCUUUGGUUUUUGCCCUCAAAGUCUUCCUGUGUCCGGGGAAUUAUUCCCGAAGUUGAUUAACAAAAACAACAAAAAAAUAUUUUGAGAAAAUAAAAAUAUCGACCUAAUCAUUCUAGUAUCAGUCAUAUGCUCAUAUUACACUUGUUAUUGACGUAAUGAUACUUGCUAAUGCUACUUAAAAUACUACAAAAUGUUUAUUUGCUGAUUAUAGUCAGCUUAAGUGAUCAGCUCCACACUGUCAGCUAGGGAACUAAAAAAAAAAAAAACAUUGUCAGCCAGAGGGGAUCGGUAUUAAAAGGCAAUAAUCGCAAUGGCGAUCACAUACCUUUUCAUGAAAAUUGGACUAUACCGCUCAAUGGCCGAUCGAUCAGCACAUCCUUACUUAAAACAAUGUGUUAAGAUCUAAUUGGGUGCCAAACGUCACGCUGCAUCUGUCGAAUUUGUUCACGCUCAGAAGGAUCUGUAAAUAAUGCAUCAAACCUGUUUAGUUGUCAGGCUUUUCUUUGUAAUGAGGUGAUGUGAAGGCCAACGUAUUUUGCCCAAUCUGUGUUUGGAAACAAACUAACUAGCAGAUGCCCAUCUAGCUGGUUCUUCCAUAAUUAAUUCUACCAGUGAGACAUAGUGCUGCAUUAGGUGUCUGCGUGCACCGAUUCUUGUCAAUACACUGGAUGUUGCAAUAAAAAGAUUCUUGCAAAAAAG